AUGGCACUCUCCGUCGAGUCGUUAAAUGGAGACACUUCCUUUCUCCUUACCUUUGAUCCACCCGCUGCCCCACUAUCGUCACCAGGGUUGUUCCCAGGCUCCUUUACGAUUCUGGUUGACCCCUGGCUGUCAGGACCGUCCAUCAUCCUAAACUCCAUCUUCUCGCAUUCUGAGCAGAGAGCCAAACCGUCCAUCUCGAGCCUCAAAGACCUUGACCGCGAACCCGAUCUCGUGCUUAUAUCCCAAGACAAACCAGACCACUGCCAUGAAGCUACAUUGCGCCAACUCCCACCAGACUCGGAAGCGACUAUUCUAGCCAUCCCAUCUGCUGCCAGAAAGAUUCGUUCGUGGAAACACUUCCGUCCCGGCCUGGUGCAUGCUCUGCCGAAAUAUGUCGAGGGCGAGGGUCGAUCUAUACAUCGCAUAGUGAUACCGCCGCCGUCUCCCCGGGGGACGUGUGGUGAAGUGACGGUGACUUGGAUUCCAGCAAAGCGUGACCUCUCUAAAGUACACCAUGCCAUCGGGAUAACCUAUCGGCCUCCGUGUACUGUGCUUUCGUCGCUGAGUCCAAUGCACUAUAUCGACCUGCCUAUGAGCCCGCCCCCUUCGCCACGGUCUCAGAUGACCAUUGCCUCAUCGCCCUGCACAAUAGUGCCGUCGCCCUACAAUGAUCGUGAGAAGACCUUGUCCGUCAUCUACUCGCCUCACGGUGUUUCCUACGACGUGAUUCGUCCCUACGCAAGCUCAUACCUUGUCUCAGAAUCCGCCCUUCCCCUCACGGCGCUUCUGCAUUCUUUCGACUGUGUCGAGAAUCCGUGGUGGCUUGGAGGCAACAUAUCCGCUGGAAGCCCCGGUGGCACGGAGAUUGCUAAGAGCUUGUAUGCCAAAGCUUGGAUCUCUGCUCACGAUGCAGACAAAGACAAUCGCGGCUGGGCAGUCAAGUUGACCCAGAUUGCGCAGCACGCGGUUGAUGAAGUGAAGAAGAUGGUGGACGAGGGUGUUGUUAGGAAGACACUCCCUAACACUGAGAUCAUCACUCUGAGCUCUGGGGAGAAACAUCGGAUCGCUGUGGGAUGA